AUGACAACGUCAAUAGGUUUUAUACGUACUAUAGCUGCUAUUUAUCUAGAAACACUUUUUAUGCUCAUUAUUCAUAUAAAUUUAAAUCUAUUGGGAAGAUAUAAUUAUAUAUGUUCUGUUGUAUCUCUAGCAGAACGUGACACGGAACAAUUGAACAGAUUUUCUUCUGAAUCUAUAUUGAGUCCCAUAAUAAUAAAAAAGUAUUUGACUUUUAGUUGGUGGUUUCUAAAUAUUGGAUACAGGGAAAUUGUUGAACGUGUUAAAUCUUCUGUUGAAUCAGUAUUGUCCAAUAUAUCAUUGAAAGAUGAACUUUCAUACAAAGAUUUUGUAUGGAUUGUUACUGAAAUUAGAUCUCAUGUGGAAAGAAAUGAAAGCGAUAAUCAAAGCGCAUGGUAUACUAAUAUUAUGAUGCCCCAAAAUUUAGAAGAUGAAUUUAAAGUACUUGAUAAGGGUGGAGAUAAUGCAUUUGAAGUUAAAAUUGAACCUGAACUUAGAAAAUUGUUAGAUGAAACCAAAGAUUUUUUGGAUAGUCAAGAUUUUAAUAUAGUUCAAACAACUUGUUUGACUACAGCCUUUAAUUUGAUGCAGAAUCAUUUGUAUACAGAUUUUAUAGUUCAGGGUGGUGGAAGCCUUGAUGGUGAAAUAAUUGAGAAAC